CGGCGGGCGGAAGGGCCGCAGGAAGCGGGGCCGAGAGGCGGCGGCGGCCGCGGGGCUCCGCGAUGCCGCUCCUGUUCCUGGAGCGCUUCCCCUGGCCCAGCCUGCGCACGUACGCGGCGCUCAGCGGCCUGGCCCUGUUGGCCGCCGCCUUCAGCGCUCAGCGCGCCCUCAGCGCGGCCGGCGAGCAGCGGGCGGGCGGGCCGCGGGCCCUGGACGUGGCGUACUACCUGCUGUCCGACAGCCUCUGCGUCUGGGUGCUGGUGAACACGGCGUGCUGUGUCCUGAUGCUGGUCGCUAAGCUGAUCCAGCGCGCGGUGUUCGGCCCGCUGCGAGUCAGCGAGAGGCAGCAUCUCAAGGAUAAGUUCUGGAAUUUCAUCUUCUACAAGUUCAUCUUCAUUUUUGGUGUGCUGAAUGUUCAGACAGUGGAAGAAGUGGUCAUGUGGUGCCUCUGGUUCUCUGGGCUUGUGUUUCUUCAUCUCAUGGUCCAGCUCUGUAAGGAUCGCUUUGAAUACCUGUCCUUCUCUCCGACAACACCCAUGAGCAGUCACAUCAGAGUCCUGACCCUGCUUGUCGCCAUGCUGCUGUCCUGCUGUGGGCUGGCAGUUGUGUGUGGUGUUAUUGGCUACACCCAUGGGAUGCACACCCUGGCUUUCAUGGCGGCAGAGUCUCUGCUGGUGACAGUCAGAACUGCUCAUGUGAUUUUGCGAUAUGUAAUUCAUCUCUGGGAUCUCAACCAUGAAGGAACGUGGGAAGGUAAAGGCACAUAUGUGUACUACACGGAUUUUGUCAUGGAGCUGACCUUGCUUUCGCUGGACUUGAUGCAUCAUAUCCAUAUGCUGCUGUUUGGCAAUAUCUGGCUGUCGAUGGCCAGCCUGGUGAUCUUCAUGCAGCUGCGCUACCUGUUCCACGAGGUCCAGAGAAGGAUUCGGCGGCACAAGAACUACCUGCGUGUGGUUGGAAACAUGGAGGCCCGCAUGAGUUCCGGUUAUGGAAAAGGUAACAAACAUCCUGGCACGCCUCCCUCGAGGAAAAAUGAAUGUGAAGGGUUUGCAGUUGCGACACCUGAGGAGCUAGCAGUCAAUAAUGACGACUGUGCCAUCUGCUGGGACUCCAUGCAAUCCGCGCGGAAGCUCCCCUGCGGCCAUCUCUUCCACAACUCCUGCCUGAGGUCCUGGCUUGAACAAGACACAUCUUGCCCAACGUGCAGAAUGUCUCUUAAUAUCACUGACAGCCAUCAUGUGAGGGAGGAUCACCAGAGGGAGAAUCUGGAUGAGAACCUGGUCCCCGUGGCAGUAGCAGAAGGCAGACCACGCUUGAACCAGCACAAUCACUUCUUCCACUUUGAUGGCUCUCGAAUUGCCAGCUGGCUGCCGAGUUUUUCAGUGGAAGUGAUGCAUACUACCAACAUCCUUGGUAUCACACAAGCCAGCAACUCCCAGCUCAAUGCUAUGGCCCACCAGAUUCAAGAGAUGUUCCCCCAGGUUCCUUAUCAUGUAGUUCUGCAGGAUCUGCAGCUGACCCGUUCUGUGGAGAUAACCACCGACAACAUCUUGGAAGGGCGCAUCCAGGUGCCUUUCCCCACACAGCGUGCAGAGGCUGUUAGACCUGCUUCAAACAGUUCUGUGGAGCGGCACAGCGCUGACCAGGAUGAUACUAGGACAGUCACACAGACCAAAAGAGUGCCACUGGAACUCAACUCAAGACUGGAAGAAAUGGGAGAACUGAGCGAAGUGGAGGCAGAACCCAGUGAAGCAGAAGAUUUUGAGGCCAGGGGAAGUCGCUUUUCCAAGUCAGCUGAUGAGAGGCAGCGCAUGUUGGUUCAGCGGAAGGAGGACUUGUUGCAGCAAGCUCGAAAGCGUUACUUGAACAAGACCUCAGAUGAAGAUCUGAGCACAGAGAAGCCCUCAGUGCCCGAGGGAACCUCCGCUGACCCAGUCACGCUGCGCCGCAGGACGCUGGCAGCCGCCGCCGAGCGGAGACUGCAGAUGCAGCAGAACUCAUAGCGCUCACUGCUCCUCCUUCCUCCUCCUCGUGAGCAAUGUUGAAUAAAAGAAAUGAAACACAAAACCCCUGCAUUUCUAUACCAGCAGGAAAGUGUCACUUCAGAGUUGAGCGCUGCCGAGUGAGCUGGCUGCCGCUCUGCUGUAUAAAGCAUGUGGUCUAAUCAUGUUUGGACAGCUGACAAAUUAACCUUUUUUGUAAUGUUUUCUAUGUGAUGUUGAUCCCCUCCACAGACAAAAGCAAUCUGAACCACCAGUGCGAUUUCUCUUUGCACGAGGCGUUGGCCUGACUGCACAACGGAAGCUGAGGGAGAUGAGUUGGAAUUGAGCAGCUGUGGGUGCAGGUCGGAGGGCAUGGCUGCAAGAGGGGAAGGAAGCGCAGGGGUUGGCAGCAAACCCUGUGUUAGAGGAGCAGCUGCUCCCUGCUCACCUCCCGAGUGAAGGAGCUGCGUCGGUUGGCUGCGGUGCUGCUGGGAAGCCCGUUUGUAGGCGGGUGGAAGCUGUCUGGCAACGCAACAUAGGAAAAAAUGGAGUUGCUAAUUGUGCAGUGCUGCUCUGAUUCACAGCGAUGCAUACAGCACUUUGCUCACCGUUGCUGGGCUCUUGGCACUUGGCCUGUAGUUCUGCUCGCUCCCCAGGGCUGCGCUAUCUUCCUUUUAGAGCCAGAAAGAAGUGAGAAGCGGGGAGGAGCAGAGUGGAGAAUUGGGGGGGGCACAGGGGAGGCUGCAGCCCCCAGAAUUCGGUGUUAAAAAGCUGAUGGAGUCCCAUUGAGGAGCCCACCUGUUUUGGACUGCGGAGCAGCACGGACUUGAAGGCUGGAGCUGGCUCUGAUGUCUGAUAUCACGCUUUCUAUGUCAUUUUUAACCCCACAGCUCUGCCAUUAGACAGAAGCACCGGGAGGGCAGGUGACCCUUGUGCACUGUGCAGCCCCAUCUGCUCACCCGGCAUCUUUCUAAGGGAUUUCUGACCCCACGUACACCCGGAACCAGCACUGCUAAGCUUACAGAGUGGGAUUUUACACAGCUGUGACUUGUUUAAUUCCUGAUGAGUGAAUCCUUGUUCCGCCGCCCUUUAGAAGGAGCCCAGUAUUAUCUAGAAUCAUUGGUAUCUGUUUUUUACUGUCGGUCUUUAGGGAGGUUUGAAGGUGGGUUUAAGGAAAGGCCUCGAUGUUUAGGUGAGAGUAAUUGAUUGCAGUGAACCUUUCUGGGCAGCCUUACCUUGCGAUGCUGUGUGUGAACUGCCAGGGGUUUUUCUUUUGAGAUGAUGGGGUUUGCUCAGAACCCGGCUGUUUGGUUUUACUGUUUAAAGAAAUGAAAUAAAAUCUUGAUCAGUGUUGGAAAUUG